CUCAGGUUAUACCCGAGUACAUCAAAAAAAAUUGCGGGCUAUGCAAGUGUGAAAUACAGAGCAACUGAUAUCUUCUUCAACCUAAUUUCAGUUUUCUGGCGGAAAAACUUUCAUACAAUUAGCAAGUUUGCUUGGGAAACUUGAAUAUUAGAUUGAAAUCUCGUUUCCCAUUCGUUUCCGGGAUGAACGGUUUUGGCGCGUUCCGAAACGCGUUUCCCGGUUUCCCCGUUCCAGGACGUUUCGGAAACGGUACAUCGUGAUUUUUUUGGCGUUUCCGUGCACCCUAGGGGUUAUUCCAACCUCAAGAUACAAAUGAUUCAGGUUGGAAUAAACUUGGCGCUGUAGCAACUAGCAACUCAUACUUGUAAGAAUAAGUAAGCAGCCAUGCAAUGCCGUAUUUCAGGAAUUAUCCUUCAUUCGGAUUAUAAGCGUGGUAUAUCCUAUAUCAUUCAGAGUAAAUUUGCAUCCUUGCAUGGGAAACAUCCGGAGCAGGAGUGCAGGGAUUUUACAUCUCCUGGUUUGGAUAGCAUCAGAAGCUCAGGAUAUGUCCAGGAAUCAAACCAAGGUGUGGAAGGUGUGUGCAAAAUCUUGGAGAGUGGUGCUUGGGGCUCUGGUAUAGAAGCAGCUCUAUAUGGGGUCAGUGAAAAGCCUCAGCAAGGACUGAUUAUUGCAGUCUUAAAGAAGCUGAAGGAUGUGAAUACAGCCAUAAACUAUUUUCGAUGGACUGAGAGGAGCACUAACCAAGUGCAUUGCCCCGAGGCAUAUAAUAGUCUCCUCAUGAUUAUGGCUAGAAGUAAACAGUUCCAUAAUCUUGAAGAGAUAUUGGAGGAGAUGAGUCAUGCUGCUUUUGGUCCAUCAAAUAACACAUGUAUUGAAUUUGUUUUAUGCUGUGUAAAAUCGCAUUUGUUGGAUGAGGCUUUCCAAUUUAUACAAAUUAUGAGAAAGUUCAAGUUCCGACCUGCCUUUUCAGCUUAUACAACACUUAUAGGCUCUCUUUCCGUGGUUAGCAAACCUGACCUUGUGCUUACUCUCUUUCAACAAAUGCAAGAGUUAGGUUAUGAGGUUAAUGUACAUUUGUUUACUACUGUCAUCCGUGCUUUUGCUCGGGAAGGGAGAAUAGAUAUUGUUCUCUCUCUACUAGAUGAGAUGAGAAACAAUGCUUUUGUUGCAGACAUUGUUCUUUAUAAUGUAUGCAUUGACUGUUUUGGGAAGCUUGGAAAGGUGGAUAUGGCCUGGAAAUUCUUUCAUGAAAUGAAAGCACAGGGUUUUAUGCCUGAUGAUGUGACAUAUACCAGCAUGAUUGGGGUUUUAUGUAAAGCUAAUAGGCUCGAUGAAGCAGAAGAGCUUUUUAAUCAGAUGGAAGAUGGUCGUGAAGUCCCAUGUGCAUAUGCAUAUAGCACGAUGAUAAUGGGUUACGGCUCAGCUGGAAUGUUUGAUAAAGCUUAUAUGCUCCUGGAGAGGCAAAAGGAAAAGGGGUCCAUACCAAGUGUAAUUGCAUACAACUGCAUUCUUACUUGCCUUGGUAAGAAAGGGAAGGUAGAAGAGGCUUUAAAGUUACUUAAUGACAUGAAGAAAGAUGCGGCGCCCAACCUCUUAACAUAUAAUCUUCUCAUCGACAUGCUAUGCAGUGUAGGGAACGCAGAUGCUGCUUUUGAGCUACAAGAUUCCAUGAGGGAAGCUGGUUUUGUUCCUCAUGUUACAACAGUUAACAUUAUGAUCAAUCGUUUGUGUAAAGCCCAUAAACUUGAUGAAGCUUGUUCCAUAUUUGAAGGGCUGGGUGAUAAAUUCUGCACCCCGGAUGCUGUAACAUUUUGUACCUUAAUAGAUGGUUUAGGUCGCAGUGGUAGAGUGGAUGAUGCAUACAGGUUGUAUGAAAAGAUGUUGGAUUCUGGCCAUGUUCCUAACGCUGUUGUAUUUACGUCCCUUAUAAAGAAUUUCUUCAAUGUUGGCAGGCCAGCAGAUGGUCACAAGGUUUACAAGGAAAUGCUUCGUAAUGGCGUUUCUCCUGACCUGAGACUCUUUAAUACUUAUAUGGAUUGUGUUUUUAAAGCCCGUGAGGUGGAUAAAGGCAGAGCAUUGUUUGAGGAAAUUAAGGCUAAAGGGUUUGUUCCAGACAUCCGGAGCUAUUCAGUAUUGAUAAAUGGCCUUGUUAAGGCAGGUUUUGCACGUGAAACCUAUCAGCUAUAUUACUCGAUGAAGGAACAAGGCUAUACAUUGGAUACUCGUGCAUACAACAUUAUUAUAGACGGAUUUUGCAAGUCAGGUAAGGUGAACAAGGCCUACCAAUUGCUGGAGGAAAUGAGAGCAAAACAUGUUGUGCCCACUGUAGUCACUUAUGGUGCUGUAAUUGAUGGGCUUGCAAAGAUUGACAGGCUUGAUGAAGCAUAUAUGCUCUUUGAAGAAGCUAAAUCAAUUGGGAUCACUUUGAAUGUUACUGUUUAUAGUAGCCUUAUUGACGGCUUUGGGAAAGUUGGUAGAAUUGAUGAAGCAUAUCUAAUUAUGGAAGAAAUGAUGCAAAAUGGCUUGACACCUAAUGUAUACACAUGGAAUUCUCUGCUUAAUGCACUGACUAAGGCAGAGGAGAUCAAUGAAGCCCUUGUCUGUUUCCAGUCGAUGAAGGAUUUGAAAUGCACUCCAAAUGCUUUCACUUAUAGCAUUCUUAUUGAUGGUCUUUGUCGUGUCCGUAAAUUCAACAAGGCAUUUGUAUUUCUUCAGGAUAUGAAAAAGCAAGGACUUGAACCAAAUGCAGUGACCUACACUACCAUGAUAUGUGGACUUGCAAAGGCUGGCAAUGUAACAGAAGCUUAUGCGCUUUUCAAGAAGUUUAAAGAAAAGGGAGGCAGACUUGAUUCAGCCUGUUAUAAUGCUACAAUAGAGGGGCUAAGCAUUGCAAAUAGGGGUUUAGAUGCAUACUUGCUUUUUGAAGAAGCUCGGCAGAGAGGAUUUGAUAUUCAUUCUAAAACUUGUGUUGUUCUCUUAGAUGCAUUGCACCGUGCUGAAUGUCUCGAACAGGCAGGAUUUGUGGGUGCCAUUCUGAAGGAAACAGCAAAAGCAAAGCAUGCUUCAAGAUCUUUUUGAUAAAAAUUUUACUGGGUAGCAGCUGUUGAGGAUGAGGAUUAGCCAAGCUCUGUGAAGCAUGGUGAACUAUGAGUCUUAGGUCUGGCAACUAAGUUCUCGCAAUGGGUUACCUCUUCCGUCUCUGUACAUCAAGCUUCUCUUCUUUUCUUUAUACAUAAUUUCUCCUUCCUAAACUUUCAUCAUCCUCUGUAUCCAAACGUGCUUCUUGAAGCUACGUUGACAACAAUGUACGUCGGAUUUUCUUGGAGAUUGCAGUGCCGCAAAAUUAGGACACCCCUUGUUUUCCAGCACGUGUUAUUUUUCAGAUAUUGCAAUAUUAGGGGUCUGCCUUCAUCAAUUUUGCCCUUGGACAUAGACUUCAAAACAAUCAUUGGGGUAUUGCACAAGGCUUGUCAUGUCUUUACAACAAUCUGCGACUUUGUAAAAAUAGCCAGGUGAGCUUUGGGUAAUAUAUUAUUUUUAUUCGUAGUUCAAAAAAAUAAUUUUCUGGGAUAAAUUUUACGUGGAAUAGUUUUCAAUUAAAUAUCUGUUAUGAAAUAUUAUGUGGAUCCCAUUAUACCACUAGUAUAUUUCUGGAAUAUUCUAGAUCUAGGGUUUAUUGUUCUCCAAGCAAACCCUAUUAUAUUGUAUGUAUAUAUACCCUGUUGUUCAUGGAAUAAAACAUAUCGUUGUUCUCUCCCAA